AUGGAUUUCGACAAAAAUCUGGACCAAUCUUUUCCUGACAAUGAAGCUCGGGGGGAUUCUCAACAAGUAGAUCCGGAUGGCGAGGCCACAGAUACAGAGCAGGAUGAGGCCCUCAAAGUACCCUCGUCGAUACCCUUUAUCUGGAGGAGUUUCUGCUGUUCGAUCAGUUCACAACAAUCAUCUCAGCAAGUCAGAUAUGCACGUGCUUCAUCCUUGCAUACACAGUCUCCUCUUUGGCGCCCAUCUCGACCAGUUACUUCGUCAAGUCGCAGUCACAUGCAGCCCACCUCUCAUGGAUGCUCUCCGUCACGCUCUCUAUCUGAGUCUACUCUGGCUGAAAACUGUGAACGCUCUUGCAGUGCUACACCCAAAGACGCUCGUCGAUCUGGCAAUGGCAAGUGGAAGGUCAAGACAAGCCAGGAGAACCCUUUGAAGCUAGGAUUCUAUCCACCCACUUGGCAAGUAUUCCUGCAGGCGGCAAAGUUAGAGAUGCGGUUGCAGGCCGUUCUAUCCCACCCAAUUCCAGAGUCCCAGGACACCCUCAGCCUGGCUCGAGAAGUCUUGGACACCGUGCUAUGGAUAUACCACGAGAAGAAGAAUAAACUCGAGAGAGGUUACUUUCCAGAGUACGACAUUGAGAUGUGCUGGCUGCUGUGUGAUGACCUCUUCACGUUCCGCACAGAGCUCAAAAAGGUCAUUAUCCCUAUUGCAAAAAGGGCAUAUGAUAUCUCCUCACAGGGCUCCGCGAUGCGAAAGGAGGAGGCUCAAAAGCAUGUCACCGCAACUGCUGCUAGGCUCCUCAAGAGCGGUGACUACCUCCGGCUCCCUGACUCAUCUGAUAAUUUCACAUCGCAGGCUCUCAAGGACGCUUGUCUCGAAUUCUACUACAGCAACAGCAAGAAAGCACUAAAGAACACAAAUGAAUUCCACCGCACAAUCCCCAUCAAUGUGAUGCUUCUUGUAGCAGCAGUGUUGAAGGGCAUUAUCUCUGGCUUUCGGGAGACUGGCACUGACAAGGUUCCUGAUCUCACCACUGAGCAGUGCAGGAUCCACUUUUUCAAUCUAUGGAAAUCAGUUGACAAACUGCUCGACAUUCCGGAGCACUGCGAUGAACUUGAAGACAUGUUGGACCAAUAG